UUCUCUGUGGACCUCACAAAUAUCUAUCUCGGUUUCCAAGGUUCAUCGUCAUCUUCCUCUUGGGAAUUGAAAUCAAAACAAACGCCAUGGAAAAAUCAGGGUAUGGCCGGGACGGAAUAUUCAGAUCUCUGAGGCCUCCUCUUGUCCUCCCCAGAGACCCCAAUCUCUCUAUGGUCUCAUUCCUCUUCCGAAACUCCUCUUCUUUCCCGGAAAAACCCGCCCUCAUCGACGCUGACACCGGUGAAACCUUAACCUUUACCCAGUUCAAAUCCACGGUUUCUAAGGUCUCUCACGGAUUACUCCAACUGGGUAUCAAGAAAAACGACGUUGUACUCAUUUUCGCCCCCAAUUCAAUCCGAUUCCCCAUCUGUUUCUUGGGAAUUAUUGCUAUCGGUGCCAUUGCAACCACCGUGAACCCAAUAUAUACAGUUUCAGAGCUUUCCAAACAAAUCAAAGAUUGCAAUCCAAAGCUGGUUAUAACUGUUGCUGACUUAUGGGAAAAGCUUAAAGGGUUCGGUAUACCAGCUGUGAUCUUAGAUUCUGAACCAUCUCCAAAGCUCAAGUACUCAACAAAUUCAAGACUUAUAUCUUUUACCGGGUUAAUUAGGAAUGUUGGGUCGGUGUCCAAUUUUCCUGAAGCUUCCAUCAAACAAUCUGACACAGCUGCUCUGUUGUACUCAUCAGGCACCACUGGUACUAGUAAGGGUGUGGUAUUGAGCCAUCGUAAUUUUAUUGCAGCAGCUCUAUUGGUGACUGCUGAUCAAGAGCUGGCGGGCGAGAUGCAUAAUGUGUUCCUGUGUGUUAUUCCCAUGUUUCACGUGUUUGGACUUUCGGUUAUAUUGUAUUCGCAGCUGCAAAGGGGCAAUGCAGUUGUGUCAAUGGCAAAGUUCGAUCUUGAGAUGAUUUUGAGAUCUAUUGAGAAGUACAGGGUGACUCAUUUCUGGGUUGUGCCCCCAAUCAUACUUGCUUUGGCUAAGCAGACGAGUGUAGUAAAGAAGUACGAUUUGUCGUCGUUGAGGCAAAUUGGCUCAGGUGCAGCACCUUUGGGUAAAGAUUUGAUGGAGGAGUGCGCAAAGAAUUUCCCUCAGGCUGUGGUCUGUCAGGGCUUUGGUAUGACGGAGACUUGUGGAAUUGUGUCAGUGGAAAAUAUGAAUAUUGGUCCUAGACAUUCUGGUUCAACAGGAACAAUUGUUCCAGGAGUGGAGUCCCAAAUAGUUAGUGUAGAUACACUGAAGCCUCUUCCACCAAAUCAGUUGGGGGAAAUAUGGGUUCGCGGGCCCAACAUGAUGCAAGGUUAUUUCAACAAUCCCCAGGCCACCAAGCUAACUAUAGAUAAACAGGGCUGGGUGCAUACAGGAGAUCUUGGAUAUUUUGAUGGGGAAGGACAACUCUUUGUUGUAGACCGAAUUAAAGAGCUCAUCAAGUACAAAGGUUUUCAGGACUUGGACACGGGGAAGACAAUUGGAAGUGGACGUGAGGACAACUACUUGUAUUUGCUGAACGUUGCACCAGCAGAGCUUGAAGGGCUUCUGGUUUCUCAUCCUGAAAUAUUAGACGCUGUUGUCAUCCCGUUUCCUGACGCUGAAGCUGGUGAGAUUCCAAUUGCAUAUGUUGUUCGUUCUCCCAACAGUUCGUUAACUGAAGAAGAUGUUCAGAAUUUUAUUGCAGAGCAGGUUGCCCCUUUUAAAAGAUUGCGGAGAGUAACAUUCAUAAACACAGUCCCAAAGUCAGCUUCAGGGAAAAUCCUCAGAAGAGAGCUUAUUGAGAAAGUCAGAUCUAAGCUGUGAGAUUGUAUUUUACUUUAAUCUGGACUAGUGUUGAUGUGAAAUAAAAGAUUGAAUUUCAUUCUUUGGCAAUAAUAAUAAUGUCUUUGGAGUUCUUUUAA